AGCUUGAAAUGAGGCCGACUGCAAGGGGUUUCGAUAACAUUGUCGACCAAACAGCCCAUCCAAUUUGACUCUGCGUACACAAACAAGAAAUAAAGGGCUGCUGUAGGUAAAAAAAACAGGGCCUGCUAUUCUCAUAUGGAAUCAUCUAUCCGAAGAGAAAACAGAGAUAGGGUGAGAGAGAGACGAAGAGAUGGUUUUAGUUGAAUUAUCGUUGGUACUCUCUCUACUUCUACAAGCAUCAUCAUCAUCAUCACUGGCCAUGCCAUCCCCAUCCCCAUCAUCAUCAUCAUCAUCAUCAACAUGUCCCAUGGAUCUUGCCUACAUCCAACACAUUCCAUGGGACUCCUCUCCAUGCAAUCCCUCUUCCUCCCAAAAUCAUCUACAGAAUCAGAGCCAAAACUGCUGCCAGACCCUCCUCGGUCUCAUCGGCAUCGGCCUCGCCCAACACCUCAAAGAAACCUCCUCCUUCAAUCUCCCCAACCUCGCCACCGCUGCCUCCUGCGUCGCUGAUUUCCAAUCCAGGCUCUCCUCUCUCUCCCUCCCGUCCGAUCUUGCUUCCCGCUGCUUCGGUCCACCCGACCGCUUUGUCAUCAACCCCACCACCUGCGCCCACAUCCAAACCAAACAGGACUGGCUCCGCGUGCUUGGCUCGUCCACAUCCCUCGAUUCGGCCUGCAAAUCCGACCUAUCUGAUCUCACCCUCUGCCAAGGCUGCGUCAACGCCGGGUUUGGAGUCUCCUCCCAACUCACUUCCAUCGACGGUAACACCUCCCACGCCACCGACUGCUUUUACUUCACUGUCCUCUAUGCUGCCGGUGUGGUUAACGACUUAGGUCCCGAGAAUCCAAGCACCACCACCUGCAUCUUCGGUCUGGACCUACUGUCGGCCGCCGUUUCUGGAAAGAGUAAGAGCCGCAUAGCGUUGAUCUUUGCAUCGACUGGCGCCGGCAUCGCCAUUGCUUUCAUGUUUUCCUUGUUGGGAUUGUAUUUCUGGUGGAAUCGGCGUAGGAAGAAGAGAGAGACAGAUAAUCUGGAAUUGGGUUUCGGAGAUCAAGAAGGGGAAAUGUCUAAACCAAGGCUACGGCCCAAUACCGGGUCUAUCUGGUUUGAUGUCUGGGAGCUGGAACGAGCCACAGAUAAUUUCUCCCAGAGAAAUAUGAUCGGGCAAGGCGGAUGUGGGAUUGUGUAUAAAGGGACUCUAUUGGACGGAACUAUGGUUGCCGUUAAGAAGAUCAUCGAAUCGGAUUUCCAAGGCGAUGCAGAGUUCUGCAAUGAAGUGGAGAUCAUCAGCAAUCUGAAGCAUCGGAAUCUAGUAUCUCUGAGAGGCUGCUGCGUGGUGGAGGGUAAUGACCGAGAAGGCGGCGGAGGAAACCAGAGGUAUCUUGUCUACGAUUACAUGCCAAAUGGGAACUUGGACGACCACAUAUUUUCACAGGGUGUCUGUGGCAGUAGCAGCAUGGGAAAGGAACAGCUGAGUUGGCCACAGCGGAAGAGCAUUGUGAUGGAUGUUGCAAAGGGUCUGGCUUAUCUUCACUACGGAGUGAAACCUGCUAUCUAUCAUAGAGAUAUCAAAGCUACCAAUAUUCUUUUGGAUGCAGAAAUGAAGGCGCGUGUGGCAGAUUUUGGACUGGUUAAGCAGAGCAAGGAAGGGCAGUCUCACCUCACCACAAGAGUAGCUGGAACGCAUGGUUACCUAGCUCCGGAAUACGCCCUCUACGGGCAGCUGACAGAGAAGAGCGACGUUUAUAGUUUUGGGAUUGUGGUUCUUGAGAUAAUGAGCGGGAGGAGGGCACUCGACCUGUCAUCAUUGGGAACAGGGUCGCCACGCGCAUUUCUGAUCACCGAUUGGGCUUGGAUGCUUGUGAAGUCAGGACGGAUAGAUGAGGUGUUGGACCAAUCGCUGAGGAAUGAUGAGGGUAGUAACCCCUACCCCACGGCGAUCAUGGAGAGGUUUGUGCUGGUCGGGAUCCUCUGCGCCCACGUGAUGGUAGCUUUGAGACCCACCAUCUUGGAUGCACUGAAGAUGCUGGAGGGAGACAUCGAUGUUCCACAGAUUCCAGAUAGGCCAUUGCCUCUUGGCCAUGGACCUCUUUCUGCAGAUGGGAACACUUUCAGCAUGUCGCCAUCUUUGAGCAGCUUUGUGCUCAAUUCAGGAGACAUGCUCAGGUGAAGAAUGCAAAUCCGAGGGGAGAAAAGGUUCGUGUCAAUUUGAUGCAAGCAAAGUCACGUGGAGCCAGAAAUGCCACUUCCACCGGCAUGAACCGAUGGUCGGAUCUGCCUCUCCAACGGUCAAUAUGUUGUACAUACAAGGAACCCACCCAUAUCUUAGUUAUUCACUUCUGCUCA